UGACUGUUGGAAAGCCAACCCAAUCAUUCAAAUAAAAAGACAACUCUGAUUAGGAAGCAAAGCAAGCGGGCGUUUCUUCUUCAAAGACCAAAAAACGUCGACUCACUCAAAAGUCACCUUUGGAAAAGAAGAAGUAAAGCUAUGUAUGUCUACAAAGUUGUAGAAUCGCUUUGAAUCUCUUUUGUUCUUGCUCUUUCUCUCUAAAUUCUUACGGGUGUUAUCCAGUUAUGGGAAAUGGGGAAUCGACAUAUGAUGAUUCCCAUGAUGAUUUGCGGGGUCAUCCUCCUUCUUAUGCAGGAAGUUCAGAUGAUUCCCAUGAUGAUUUGCGGAGUCAUCCGCCUUCUUAUGCAGGAAGUUCAGAAGAUACUUACUAUCAGCACAUGCAUCAAACUACAUCCAUAGCUGAUGAUUCCCAUGAUGAUAUGCGGAUUCAUCCACCUUCUUAUGCAGGAAGUUCAACAGAUACUCACCAUCGACAUAAGCAGCAAAGUACAUGCAUAGCUGAUCAUUUUACCUCCUUGGAUCAGGUUAUCUCUGCAUUAAGGGAAGCUGGCCUUGAAUCAUCAAAUUUGAUACUUGGUAUUGACUUCACAAAGAGCAAUGAGUGGACAGGCAAGUAUUCAUUCAAGAGGAAAAGCCUUCAUGCAAUUGGUAGCACACCUAAUCCAUAUGAGCAAGCAAUAUCUAUUAUUGGUCGCACUUUGUCUCCUUUCGAUGAAGAUAAUUUGAUACCGUGUUUUGGGUUUGGCGAUGCAACAACACAUGAUAAAUAUGUGUUCAGUUUUUAUCCCGAUCACCGAUAUUGUAAUGGUUUUGAGGAAGCUCUUGCACGUUAUAGAACGAUUGUUCCGUGCUUAAAUCUGUCAGGUUCGUUUAUGAGUUUUCCCUUACUGGUUAUUUACAUGCAUGUAAAUAUUUUAUUUGAAAUGUCCAAUUUACCUAGCAACCGUAAAAAAGCAAGGGUUGAGCAGGUGGCUGAACUUGCCUGUGGCUGCGAGGGUGGUUGGGCCACCCCCAGAGUCAUUUUUCGAGGGGGUCGCAGAGUCAUUGUUCGAUCACCCCCUCGACCAUCUCUCUCUUUUAGUUUAUUUUUAAAGUUGUAGUUGUUGUUGUUGGUUUCUUUUGUUUUGUUUUUUGUUUUUUAAAUAAUUUGGAGUUCAAAUGUGAAAUUCUUAACACCUAAAAUUGUGGCAUGUUAAAUAAAAAAAUUUGCAAGAAUGGGUCUCGUGUGUAAUGUCAAAUGUAAACUACAAGAAAAUGAUAGCUGAAGAGGGUCAAGUGUCAUAAAUGGUAUGUUGGGGCUAACUGCAAAUGAGUUGUCAGUUCGAAGGGAGUGAGUGUAUUUUCUCCUUCAUUUUCGUAAUAGUCUUUCGUGAGUGAUAUGUUGUUACUCAUCACUGUUUUUAUUUAUUUAUUUCUUUUUUCUGUCUCUGUGCGUGCAUGUGUUUGUUUGUCCUGUCUUUGUCUUUUAGCUUGUAAUCUUGAGUCCAACAUUUUGAAUCCUGGGUUUGAUGCGGGACAAAAGCAAUUUAAGAAUAAAGCUUAGAAAAAGAAGAGAAUAAAGCCAAAAGAGGGGAAGAAACCCGGAGAAAAGCUUUAGAAAAGGGGGAAGAAACAGAAGAAAU